AUGGACCCAGCAUUCAGUACAGCGCAGAUUCGGUCCUUCCUGCCAUUGUUUCGUCGCUCUGCUCAGAAGCUGAGCAGAAAAUGGCUCGCAACGCUCCAGUCGAUCACCAAGGAUUCGGAUAAGGUUAUCAACGUGAGCCCUUGGUUUGCUCGAACGACGCUCGAUGUUAUCGGGGAAGCGGCUUUCGACUUCCAAUGUGGUGCGCUGGACGAUGAAAUGAAUGAAGUCAUGCUGGUUUACAAGGACAUGUUCCGAGACUCCGUGAUGCAUCCAUCAAAGGGUACCCUCUUGUUCCGUUCAGUCUGGCCGUACAUCCCCGAGAAGCUGUUGCGAUAUGCCGUCUAUAUUCCUACAACAGAGAACAAACGAUUGAGGGACUCUUUGAAAACCAUCAAUUCUUUGUCCCGUCGAUUAAUCAAUGAGAAGACGGAAAAACUCCUCCACAGCGAAGAUAAGAGAAGAAAGGACAUCAUGAGCAUUCUAGUACGAGCAAAUACAUCCGAGGACCCCAGGGCGCAACUGACGGACCGCGAGAUGAUUGCUCAGAUGGCCACUUUUCUUCUUGCUGGUCAUGAAACAAGUGCUCGCGCUCUUACCUGGAUCCUCUGGGAACUUGCGAAACACCCAGAAUUCCAGAGCAAAAUACGCGAAGAAACUGCUGUCAUUCGAGCGGAACUUAGCGCGAGCGGUGCCACGGAUUUCAGCGUUGCUCAGUUAGACUCCUUGGUCCACCUGAACGCUGCCAUCAAAGAGGGGUUGCGCUUGCAUCCGAUAGUAUAUAUGCUCGUGCGGGUGGCGCAGGAAGACGAUAUAAUACCUUUGUCGGAGCCCAUCACGUCCACGACAAAUCAAUUGAUCACUGAGAUACCUGUCAGUAAGGGGCAGAAGGUCACCUUCUCUGUUUGGGGCUACAAUCGGCGAGUAUUUAUGUUUGGACGUAUUGCGGUGAGUCUGACUAUCAAUAGGCUACCGCAAGUGUGGGGCGAGGAUGCCGACGAGUGGAAUCCGAGUCGUUUCGUAGACACGAAGAACAAUCGUCAAUACAGUAUCGGAAUGUUUGCUGAUAUGAUGUCAUUUGGUGCUGGACCCAUGGGAUGCCUCGGUUGGCGCUUCGCAAUCCUGGAGUUACAAGCCAUCUUGGUGGAACUACUUGAGCGAUUUGAAUUUGGGAUCCCUGCAGAAACGCCUGACAUCCAGCGCGUUCCUGCUGGGGUUAUGCUGCCCAUGAUCAGGAAUAAGAUGCAGCUAGGAUCGCAGAUGCCUUUGCAGGUGACCCUGGUCUAA